GGUUUGCCUACCUUGAAGCUCCCUGCCGGUCAUUGGCUUUGGCAUCCGAAACGGAAGCGGACUCAUUUCUAUGGAAGAUGAAUUCCACUAUUGUGGAAGUUCCGGAAGCAGAGCCAGAGGAGAAAAAGAAAGAAAAAGAGAACGCACCAAAAUCUCCGUUUGGUUCAUUUUUUGACUUGUGCAACACUAAUUUGUUCAAAAUAUGCUGCGUCUGUACCCAGAAAUAUUGGAGGCGGUGGAUGCGACCCCUGAUUGUAGUUGUUUGCAUCAUUGCAAUCCUCGUCUCUGUUCCCUUGUGUGUUUGGGAACUUCAAAAACUAAAGGUUGGAAUACAGACUAAAGCAUGGUCCAUCGCGCUUAUCUUUCUGGUGUUGACAAUCCUUGUGUCCUCAUGGGGGAUUGUGCAGCACUUAGUGCAUUACACGCAACCAGAACUUCAGAAACCUAUUAUAAGGAUCCUUUGUAUGGCCCCAAUAUACAGUUUGGCUAGUUGGUUAGCUUUAAAAAACCCAAAAACCGCCAUCAACCUGGACACCUUGAGGGACUGCUACGAAGCUUUGGUGAUUUAUAGUCUAAUGGUAUUUUUAAACAAUCACCUAAGGCUCCGAUUCGCCAACGUGAUGCUACACCUGGAAGGUAAAGAUCAGCAACAGCAUCUCCCUCCUCUGUGCUGUUGUCCACCCUGGCCUAUGGGAGAAGUGAUGAUUUAUCGCUGCAAACUAGGAGUAUCGCAGUACAUUGUGGUCAGACUGAUCACCACUGUGAUAGCGUUGGUAUGUGAGCUCGUUGGUGUCUACGGUGAAGGGCACUUUAGUUUCUCCAGUGCUUGGACUUACUUGGGUAUAUUAAAUACCCUGUCACAAGUGUUUGCCGUGUACUGCGUCAUGCUGUUUUACAAAGUGCUGGAAGAAGAGCUCAGUCCUAUACAACCUUUUCGAAAAUUUUUUUGCAUUAAAUUGGUAGUCAUUGUCUCAUUCUGGCAAGCAGUGAUUAUAGCAGUGUUGGUUAAGGCUGGAGUUAUAUCGAAACAGCGAACAUGGGAAUGGGAAAGUGCCGAAGCUGUGGCCACAGGCCUUCAAGAUUUCAUCACUUGCAUAGAGAUGUUAUUUGUGGCAGUUGCCCAUAAUUAUUUGUUUUCGGUCGAACCCUACGUGCGAGAGGCAGUGAAAGGCUCCUGCUUCGACUCCUUCCUUGCCAUGUGGGAUGUGUCAGAUAUAAAAUGUGAUUUCUCGGAGCAAGUGAAACGUGUCGAAAGAACAGUGCGAGGGCAUGCUAAAACAAAACGUUUCCCCGAAGACCCAGAACAUACAGAAUACACCAGUCUACUGUCUGCAUUGCCUCGCAAUGCAGGUUGUCCACGAUCAAAUACAUCCUCACCCGUGGGCCAGUAUCAGGACUUUGGACACACAAUUAGUUCCAUGAAUAUAACUACUGCAGCCAUGCUGUAUGAAGAUAUUACAAGUCUCAUUAAUGAAAAGAAGGGCCCUCCUGAAGAUGCAGCUCAAUAUCCAGACAUGCAGACCAAUGAAGAUACAGUUUAUCCAGACAAUGCAGGCCAAUGAAGAUAGAGUUUCUUCACAGGACACGCUCUCUGCAGACCUGCUGUCUGAAGAUGCCAUGAAUGAAAUCCAAGACGAGCAGGAGAAGGUAUUUGGACCCUUCUUUCCUCUUGCCCCUGUUGAGUGCCAGAUAUCAGGGUGCUCUGUGUACUAUGGAUUGGUUGAAGAAAGAAGGCACUUCAAGAUGAAAUAUUUUAUUUUUGUUUUUCGAGACAGGGUUUCUCAGUAUAGCCCUGGCUGUCCUGAAACUCGCACUGUAGACCAGGCUGGCCUUGAUCUCACAAGGAUCUGCCUGCCUCUGCCUCCUGAGUGCUAAGAUUAAAGGUGCAUGCCAUCAUUGUCCUGCCCAAGAUGAAAUCUUCAGGCCUGUGUGGCAGUAGGAGGGACCAACCGCUCUGCUGUACUAAACCCCCGAACAGCCAUGCAAAGGUGUAUUUAUUGAUUGUUAAACAAAUAUUUCCUCAUACCAAGGUCUCUAAUCUAAUUUACAUGUCUUACUGAAGGAGAGCUUCACAUGCCCCCAUGUCUCUAGUCCCUUAUUAUGUAUUGUUUGCAAUACACAAUUAAUAUAAGUCUCAGAUGUGCCUGAGACACAUAUAUAGUUCUAGAUAAAUUGAAACAUCUCAUUCAUUAUAGCAUUUUGUAUAUCAGCAUUAUAAGAUAAUUAUCAGUAAAUGAAAUAGAUUUUUGUAGUAUCAAGAGUAUAGUGAGCUUUCAAAUUCCUUCAGUUGUGCUUACAGGUAUAACGUUUGAAGGAAAUAUUGUUGUACAAAUAGAUGGACCUUGAUAAUGAUAGCCAAAAACAACAUUGUGGUUGUUAGUGAAUUGGCUUGCUUUUUUCUUUUUGUAAUUUUUUAUGGAAAUAGCUGAGUAAUUAAAGACUCACAUGGUAGGUGAAAGGGACAGGAACUUGAGAGGCUAUUAAAUGUUGAUGAGAGUUACAUUGAACACUAAGGACAUAGAGACUGAAACGCUCUUAUGCAUUAGGCUGUCAGCCUCGUUAUUGAGUUAGGCUCCUACCAUAACCAAGUGUUCUCAACAAUUCCUCUGUCAUCUAUUUUGCUGAAGAUGUUCUGUACCUGACUUGUGAGAAAACCAGUAGAAUAAUUUGAGUUGUGGCAGAUAAGUGAAGGAUUUCUUCUGAUAUAAAUAUCAGGCACACAUUUGUGUUCUAUUGAGUUAAACUGUUUUCAUAAUUAGAAAUGUUUUAGGGACUUCAGGGGUGUGGGUAACUCAAGAGAUCAUGUUUAAAGAAAGGUUGUGGAGUGCUGUAAGACUUCUUUUAAUAUAUACGAGGUAAUAGACUAAUGAUUCAGUCUCCUAAAUCAGUUUACCUUAGCUUGCUGUACACGUCACUUUUUUUGUGUGUGUGUGCCUUGAUGGAAGGUGGAGAAUGGCUGACCUGGGUAUUUACUAAUGCCAUUUUUAUCCUUUUAACCAAAGUAAGUGAUUUGGAAUUGAUUGAUAAUUUGUUAGUCCUACUUUUUUACUCUUGAAUUUUUUUAAAAUAAAAACUUUUAUUAGAAAUCUUUUGACAAUGGUCUAUUUAUGUGUGUCAUGUUCAGUAGUACUAAUCUUCAGUCAGAUGACAAGGGUAUUAGACAUUUUGGAAGAUUAUUGCAUGUGGAGAAAUUAUGAAUACUGCAGAUUGGAUGGUCAGACACCCCAUGAUGAGAGACAAGAUUCCAUCAAUGCAUACAAUGAACCAAAUAGCACAAAGUUUGUUUUUAUGCUGAGCACACGUGCUGGUGGUCUGGGCAUCAACCUUGCAACUGCUGAUGUAGUCAUUUUAUAUGAUUCGGAUUGGAAUCCCCAAGUUGAUCUUCAGGCUAUGGACCGAGCACAUAGAAUUGGACAAACGAAGAUUGUCCGAGUGUUUUGCUUUAUAACUGAAAGAAUAGUAGAAUGUGCCGAGAUGAAACUCAGACUGGAUUCGAUAGUCAUUCAACAAGGGAGGCUUGUAGAUCAGAACCUGAACAAAAUUGGGAAAGAUGAAAUGCUUCAAAUGAUUCGACAUGGGGCCACACAUGUGUUUGCGUCAAAAGAAAGUGAAAUCACUGAUGAAGAUAUUGAUGGUAUUUUGGAAAGGGGUGCAAAGAAGACUGCAGAGAUGAAUGAAAAGCUCUCCAAGAUGGGUGAGAGUUCUCUUAGAAAUUUCACAAUGGAUACAGAGUCUAGUGUUUAUAACUUUGAAGGAGAA